AUGGCAGGAUCGCAAUUGAAGCAGCUCAAAGCGACCUUGAAAGCUCACAACCUCACUGGUCAGACUAACGGAGGAAAGAAGAAGAAAGGCUCGAAAAGACAGCCGAAGCAAUAUGACCGAGAAGAAAGGAGCAAAGUGAUUGCUCAGAUAAGAGAGACUUUCAGCCCCUUUGAAGUGAAGAAGGUCAAAAACAAGCGCAUUGAUGACUCGAGCAUACCUGUCGGUAAGCCUGGAAUCUCAAAGCAGAUCGGAGAAGAGCAACGUAGAAAAGUGUAUGAGGCCAAGCAGGCUCAUAGGAAUAAGAGCAAUGGGUUUUUGGAUAGACGUUUUGGAGAAAGGAAUAAGCAUAUGUCCGAAGAAGACAAGAUGUUGGAGCGUUUCACAAGGGAAAGACAGAGUCAAUCUCGUGUGAAAAGCAGUCUCUUUGAUCUUAACGACGACGAUGAUGAUGACGGAGGCAUGUUUCAAACCGGAUUAACUCAUCUUGGAGAAGCGUUGCAUGACGACUUCGACGAGGGUGACUUGGGUCUAGACGAUGAAGAUAAUGAAGUUCGCGCGACUGGUAGAAGCAAAAGAUCCUUAGAUUAUGGUGAGAAUGGAUCUUUAGGUGAGCCGGCCGAGCCGGCUAGGAAGAAGACCAAAGCAGAAGUGAUGAAAGAGAUAAUAGCGAAAUCCAAGUUUUACAAGCAAGAAAGACAAAAGGCGCAAGAAAAACUAGAGGAUCAGAUUGAUGAGCUUGAUGAAAACUUUGGUGAUAUAUUUUCCGAGCUGAAGGCGUCGUCAGCGGCAGCACAGGCAGCUCCUGAACUGCAAGAUCAGACAGACAAAGAAUAUGACAUUAAAGUUAAGGAACUCAUCAUGGAAAAGAGAGCUGCCCCAAGUGACAGGACCAAGACACCAGAGGAGUUGAAGAAGGAAGUGGAGGAAAAAAGAGCUCAACUGGAAAGGCAGAGAAAUGAGCGUAUGAGUGGUAUAUUGGAGCUAGAAGACGGUGAAGAAAGGGGCGUUGAGGACUUGGAUGAUGGCUUUUGGGCCAAUUCUGAUGACGAGGAAGAAUUAGGCGAAGGAUCUUUUGCGGAUUCAGAUGAGGAUAUUGAACUUGAGCAGUCACCAAGCGAUGAAGCAGAAUUCAAGAGAGACCGUGAGUUGCGGGAUCUUCCUUGUCCUGGUAGUCAUGAAGAACUACUCGCUUUCUUGAAAGGUCAGCGGCUAGUUGAUCAACCAAAACAAAUUAGAAGGAUAAUUCACGCUCAUCAACCUAAGCUGGCGGAAGGUAACAAGGAGAAGCUUGGACAUUUGACCGCUGUGCUGCUCCAGCAUAUACUUUUCCUAUCGAACCAAGAUUACUCCAAAAAUUUGAAAGAGUUUGCAGAAGUUCAGAAUUCUAUGUUAAAAAUUCUCCAGUCGUUAUCUGAACAAUACAAUCAAGCGCUUUCGAAAGAAUGUAGAAAAAUCAUCAGCACUAUUCAAGAAAGAUUCAAGAAGAAUCAGUUCACGAAAGUAUUGCCUUCAGAUUUGGUAUUCUUCAAUUUGGUUGGUGUCAUAUUUUCGACGUCCGAUCAAUAUCAUCUGGUUGUAACACCCUGCUCCAUCUUAAUUGCAGAGUUCCUCGAACAAGCAAAAUUCAACACGAUAGAAAAACUGGCGUUUGGAGCUGCGUUUGCUCGAACUUCUUUGCAAUAUCAAAGAAUCGCAAAGCGUUACGUUCCAGAGUUGACAUUUUUCUUCGAAAAGUGCUUAGCAUCACUGCUUCCAGACCCAAGCGCAGAAAUCUUGCAUCAAGUGAAAAUAGACUCCACCAAAUUAGCAAUUGAGAAUGGAAUAACACUCAAUAAUGAGCAGUCUGCCACAUUGCAUCUUCAUCAGUUUUCUGGAGUUGAUAAGCUGAACGAUGGGCUGAGAUGCACGCUUUUGAUGAAUGUACUAGAGUCAGUGAAAACAGCAAUAUCACUAAUAUGGAAGGAGCUUCCGGCUUUCCAAGAAAUCACAUUCAACAUUGUCAAGCUGCUCGAAGAAUAUGUUGCAAAGUUUUCGACCCUGGAGCCAGCGCAACAAAUCCUCGAGAGGAUUGAAAAGCUGUGUGGUUUCAAUGAUCACACACCAUUGACCCUGCAGCAUCAUAAACCCAUUUCUAUUCCUUCACAUGCUCCUAAAUUCGAAGAGAACUUUAACCCUGAUAAGAAAUCUUAUGAUCCUGAUAAGACUAGAAGUGAGAUCAAUAAGAUGAAGAGUCUGUUGAAGAAAGAACGGAAAUUCACUAUGAAAGAGAUUCGUAAAGAUGCCAAGUUUGAAGCCAGACAAAGAAUCGCAAGCCAAAAGGAAUCUGCCGCUCAAUAUCACUCUAAGAUGGCUCACAUUAUCAACACAAUCAGCACUGAGGAGGGCUCUGAAAAAAAUAAGUACGAACGAGAAAAGAAGCUGCGCAGCAUUAAAAAAUGA